AUGCAGGCGGUGAAGAGCUUUGACGUUGUGGUUCUCGGCGCGAGCGGCUUCACCGGCCGCCUCGUGUGCGAGCACAUAGCACGCGAUUAUCAGGGCAAGGUGCGAUGGGCAAUGGCAGGGCGUGACCGCGCCAAGUUGGAGGAAAUCAAGCGCAACCUGACUGAGAUCAACCCCGGAGUGCAGGCGGUGCCCGUGAUUGUUGCGGACGCCUUCGAUUACCCCUCCCUGGCGAGCCUGGCGCAGUCGUCUAAAGUCGUCAUCAACGUCGCGGGCCCCUAUGCCAAGUACGGCGACAAGGUUGUGGAGGCGGCCGUCAACGAGGGCGCGCACUACUGUGACCUCACAGGCGAGGUCAACUGGGUCAACCGCAUGAUCAGCAGGCACCACGAGACUGCAAAGCAAAAGGGCGUCAAGGUGGUGCACUGCUGUGGCUACGACAGCGUACCCUUUGACAUUGGGGUGCUGGUUGUAGCCGAUCACAUUCGGAAGAAGUUGGGCAAGGGCACCUCUCAGGUGUUUGGCUUGAUGGAGGACGCCCGCGGCGGUGUGUCUGGCGGCACCAUCGCCAGUGCAAUGAAUAUGGCCGUGGCUGAGGACCCAAGUGACGUGAAGAAAGCCAUGGGUGAUAAGUAUUACCUCUGCCCCCCUGGAGAGCGUGGGAGCGACAGCGCCAGCAUGCGCGCUUUGCUGCCGGAGUGGAACCGAUACAGCGGCGCCUGGAUGGCGCCAUUCGUGAUGGAGGCUGUCAACAGCCGCGUGGUGCACAGGAGCAACGCGCUGACCAAGGGGCACUAUGGCAGCGACUUCAAGUAUCGGGAGGCGGUGUCCACCAAGUCCCUCGUGGGUGCCAGCCUGAUCUCUGUAUUCAUGGUGGUCGCCGGCGCCGUCCUCAAUUUUGGGCCCCUGCGGGCGUUCGCCAUGAGGUACCUGCCAAAGCCAGGCGAGGGCCCCAGCAGGGAGACUAUGUUCAACGGCUACUGGAAGCACGCCGCCAUCGGGCUCACUGAGGAGGAGCCUGGGACAGAGCCGCAGGUGGUGGUGGCCAAGUGCAGCGACCCGCACCGCGACGGCGGCUACUGGUCCACCGCGCGCAUGCUGCUGGAGUCGGGCCUCUGCCUUGCGCUGGAUUCCGACAAGCUCAAGGAGGCGGGGCAGCUGCAGGGUGGCGUCCUGACCCCCGCGACGGCGAUGGGCUUGGUGCUGGCGGGCCGGCUGCGGGAGGCGGGCAUCACGUUUGACGUGGUCCAGUCGCCCGCUCUGAAGCAGGCCGCUGAGUAG